ACACACACACAAACACACACACACAUAGACAUAAAGAAAAAAAAAAGAAAGGCAGUCGGGGCUGGGUCUGCCUGCUGCUUACAAGGAGAGGCACUCCUGUAUUCAUGGUGCUGUGAUCACUUUUUUCUUCCAUCCCUUUCCCCCCUUUUUGUUCUCGUUGCACAGAAACGGCUCAUGUCUGUCUCUUAGACAUGAUGUUCUCUGUGCGUUUAAGGACUUUUAUCCUGCUGGUGGUCUCCCGGGUUGUGAUUGUGACAUGUCAGGAUGGGCCAAACGAAGGCGAGCCGAGCUGCACGGCGGACGGUCAGACCUACAUGAACAACGACAUCUGGAAGCCGGACCCCUGCCGGAUCUGCGUUUGCGACAACGGCAAAGUCCUCUGCGAUGAAAUCUCCUGCGACGAGCUGAGUAACUGCGAGAAGGUGUACGUCCCGGAGGGCGAGUGCUGCCCCGUCUGUCAGGGCGACACAUCCAGCGGCGGUGGAGGCGGCGGMGGCGGCGGCGGAGGAAACGAUGGGUUUGGUGGGGGCAGAGUUUAUAAGGGUCAGAAGGGAGAACCUGGAGAAGUUCCAAUCGUGUCGGGGAUCAGAGGCCGUCCAGGACCCAUGGGACCUCCCGGUUCACCUGGGUUCAGAGGAGACCGUGGACACAAAGGCAGACCUGGACUGCGUGGACCUCCGGGUUAUGAUGGAGAGCCGGGUAUACCAGGUCAACCCGGUGAGCCAGGUCCUCCAGGUCCUCCCACACACCCAGGGGGGUUGGGAUCUCAGAUGGCUCAAGGAUUUGACUCAAAAACAGGACCUCAAGCCAUGCUGAGUGGUGCAAGGGGAGAAGCCGGAGCAAGAGGACCCCCCGGGCCCAACGGAUCACCUGGUCAAGCUGGACCACAAGGCCCCCCUGGAGACGUUGGUGAUCCGGGACACAUGGGUCCACCUGGACAAAGGGGUCCUGAGGGUCCAGCAGGGAAACCAGGAGAAGAUGGAGAACCAGGAAAACCUGGAARCUCUGGAGAAGUUGGAUUUCCUGGAUCUUCUGGUCCGAGAGGUUUUCCUGGUACACCCGGACCCCCUGGUCUGAAGGGUCACAGAGGUCAUGCAGGACCUCUUGGCCAAAAAGGUGAAAUCGGAGCCGUUGGCUCGAAGGGAUCUAAUGGACCUCCUGGUCCAAUGGGAGGACCUGGUCCCAUGGGUCCAUCAGGGAUGCCAGGAGAGCGAGGACGUCCUGGACCUGGUGGUGUAGCUGGUAAACGAGGUCUGCCUGGAAACAUUGGAAAACCUGGUCCGUUGGGUCCCUUAGGUCUUAAUGGCCCACCUGGAUAUCCUGGAACUCCUGGAAUGAAGGGACAACCUGGUCCCACUGGAGUCCGAGGUCCAGAAGGCCCACAAGGACAAAGGGGAGAGACAGGUCACCAAGGCAGAGUUGGACCCGUUGGCCUCAGGGGCACCAUGGGUACAGAUGGAGGUCCAGGUGCCAAAGGACCAGUGGGUAAUCUUGGUCCUCAAGGUCCUGGAGGCCACCCCGGUCCCUCUGGUCCACCAGGACCUCAGGGAAGCACCGGUCAGCCUGGUAUAAAAGGAACAGGAGGAGACAUCGGUGUCCCGGGCUUUAAAGGCGAGGCCGGACCUAAAGGAGAACCCGGACCACCAGGCUCCCAGGGAGUGAUCGGACCUCAGGGUGAGGAAGGAAAGCGAGGACUACGUGGAGACCCCGGUUCUGUCGGCCCUCAGGGUCCAGUGGGUGAAAGAGGUUCUCCAGGAAACAGAGGAUUCCCCGGUGCCGACGGUCUACCAGGACCAAAGGGUGCGCAAGGAGAUCGGGGCACAUCUGGUCCACCAGGGCCAAAAGGUUCUCUAGGAGACCUGGGACGUCCUGGAGAGCCUGGUCUACCAGGUGCAAGGGGUCUUACUGGUACCCCAGGAGUCCAGGGGGCAGAGGGCAAGCCAGGACCACUGGGUGCCCCUGGUGAGGAUGGUCGCCCAGGCCCAGCAGGACCUAUUGGAAACCGAGGCCCUGCAGGAACUAUGGGAGUCCCGGGUCCUAAAGGUUUCAAUGGUGACCCAGGAAAAACUGGUGAACAGGGAUCUCAGGGAGUGCCGGGUCAAAGGGGACCCCCAGGAAAAGAUGGAGAAGUUGGUCCUGCAGGACCCCCUGGUCCUCCUGGUCCUGCAGGAGACAGAGGAGAGCAAGGUCCACCGGGAGUCAAUGGAUUCCAGGGUUUGCCAGGAAACCUAGGCCCUCCUGGAGAACCCGGUAAACCAGGUGACCAAGGAAUUCCUGGAGAGAUCGGUCCUGUGGGUCAGAUUGGACCGAGGGGAGAGCGAGGGAUCCCAGGAGAGAGAGGAGAUCUGGGGCCAACUGGUUUGCAGGGACCCAAAGGAAUUCCAGGUGCCCCUGGUCCGGACGGACCAAAGGGCAGUCCUGGUCCAACUGGUGCUGUGGGAGACGUAGGUCCGCCUGGUCUUCAGGGAAUGCCUGGAGAAAGAGGAAUUUCUGGUCCUCCUGGGCCCAAGGGUGACCGAGGAGCAGUUGGUGAGAAAGGAUCCGAGGGGACGCCUGGAAACGAUGGUGCGAGAGGAGCCCCCGGUCCCGUUGGCCCACUCGGACCUGCUGGACCCAGUGGUGAAAAGGGUGAACCUGGACCCAAAGGACCAGCUGGGCCUCCAGGAUCUAGAGGAACACCUGGAUCGAGAGGCGACCCCGGUCCGAUCGGUGCUGUUGGAUUCUCUGGACCCCCUGGUCCUGAUGGUCAACCUGGAGUCAAGGGAGAGCCUGGAGAGCCAGGCCAGAAAGGUGAUGCCGGUUCUCCGGGACCUCAGGGUUUGGCUGGUGCUCACGGACCCCCGGGUCCAACUGGUGUUUCAGGUCUGAAAGGAGGAAGAGGAACUCAGGGUGCACCGGGUCCCACUGGUUUCCCUGGAUCUGCUGGAAACGUUGGACCUCCAGGCCCUGCUGGUCCAGUUGGAGAAGCUGGACCACAGGGAGCCCCAGGAAAAGAAGGUCCUCCUGGACUUCGUGGUGAUCAUGGAUCCCCUGGAAGACAAGGAGAGCGAGGACCUCCAGGACCACCUGGGAGCCCUGGAGACAAAGGCGACGCUGGAGAGGAUGGCCCCACGGGUCCCGAUGGACCUCCAGGCCCAGCUGGAACCACAGGACAGAGAGGUAUCGUGGGUCUUCCUGGUCAGAGAGGAGAACGUGGGAUGCCGGGUCUUCCUGGGCCAGGGGGUCCACCAGGAAAACAGGGGUCUCCAGGACAAGCAGGAGAUAAAGGACCACCAGGUCCUGUUGGUGUUCCUGGUGCUAAUGGACCUCGGGGUGAUCCUGGUCCAGAUGGUCCUGCAGGGUCUGAUGGUCCACCAGGAAAGGAUGGAGUCCUCGGACAAAGGGGAGACCGAGGAGAUCCUGGUCCAGAGGGUAUGAUUGGUCCACAAGGUCUUCCUGGACCUCUUGGUCCUGUUGGUGCACCAGGUGAUCCAGGAAAGAGAGGAGAGCCUGGCUCAAGAGGGCCUCAGGGUCCACCUGGAGCUGCUGGGAAAAGAGGAUUGGUGGGACCACAAGGACCAAGAGGAGAUAAAGGCGACCUGGGUGAUCAUGGAGAGAGGGGUCAGAAGGGACACAGAGGCUACACCGGUCUGCAGGGUCUUCCUGGAUCUCCGGGUACGACUGGGGAGCAGGGAACUUCAGGGAUUAUUGGACCAAGUGGCCCGAGGGGUCCUCCUGGGCCUAUCGGGCCCCCUGGGAAAGAGGGAUACAUGGGCCAGCCAGGGCCAAUGGGACCUCCAGGAACUCGUGGAUUCAGUGGAGAAAUUGGACCCCAGGGCCCCCCAGGAGAGGACGGUCCCCCUGGACCCCCAGGACCUCCAGGACCACCUGUGGCAGCCAUAGACGACCUCUUCGGUGGCCCGCAAGAUUACGACUCUGGACCCCCUCCUCCUCCAGAGUUCAGUGAAGACGAGGCUCUGCCCAACAGCAACGCCUCGGCCAUCGUGCCCGUGGACCCCGGUGUUCAGGCCACCCUGAAGGCCCUCAGCAGCCAGCUUGAGAGCAUGAAGAGCCCCGACGGCAGCAGGAAGCACCCUGCCAGGACCUGCGAUGACCUGAAGAGAUGCUACCCCAUGAAGAAGAGUGGGGAGUACUGGGUGGAUCCGAACCAAGGCAGCGCAGAGGAYGCCAUCAAAGUUCACUGCAACAUGGACACCGGGGAGACCUGCAUCUCGGCCAACCCUUCCAGCAUUCCUCGUAAAGUGUGGUGGAGCACCUCCAGGAACAAACCCGUGUGGUUCGGAGCCGACAUCAACAGCGGAACACACUUCACCUACGGGAACAAAGAUCAGCCUGCGAACUCGGUCACGGUGCAGAUGACCUUCAUCCGUCUGCUGUCCAAAGAGGCAGCUCAGACCAUCACCUACCACUGCAAGAACUCCGUGGGCUACAAGGACGCCAAGACGGGCAACAUGAAGAAGGCCGUGAUCCUUAAAGGCUCCAACGACCUGGAGCUCAAGGCCGAGGGAAACAACCGCUUCAGAUACACGGUGGUGGAGGAUUCAUGCUCGCAAGCAAACGGCAACUGGGGCAAGACAGUGUUUGAGUACAGGACACAGAAAACUGCCAGACUUCCCAUUGUGGAUAUGGCCCCCGUGGACAUUGGUGGCCCCAAUCAGGAGUUCGGUAUCGACAUUGGGCCCGUGUGCUUCUUGUAAAGCCGGACACGUCGAGGAGAGACUUUUGAACUGACAGCUGACGCGAUCAGCCAUCUUGUACAUACGAGUACGAGUACUUUGCCUCGUGGCAAAAUAUUUAUUGUGCCUUUACAACCCAAGUCCAAGACGUCAAAGGUUUACAACUUGAAUGUUUGGUUUUACAGAAAACAAGUGGUGAAAAUCAGAACCACUCCCUUGAAUAUGUUCAGCUUUAAGCUUCCCUGAUUGUGAUGACCAAAAAAACAAAUGACUUCACUAAUUCUUACUAAAACAUAUAAAACGUUUGAUUUAAAACUGCUGUUUUUAAGCCCAGAACUGUUCGAAACAAAGAUUUGUCCCACAGCUCUUAGAAAAUAGGUUUUGAAUGUUUUGUUUUUAACACUUUGUGGUGCUAUUGAGGAAAAGAAGCGAUGGACGAGCUCUGAACGCUGCGCCGACCACCAGGAGGAUGAAACGGUCUGAUUUACUCGCUGUUAGCUACCUCGUCACCAGAACGGAGGAAACGGUGACGCUACAUGUACAUUUCCUUUCCCGGGUGCUGUUUUUUUGUUUUCUGUUUGUUUUUAAGUAGUUCGAUCACUUUUUCUGGUACAGGGCAGUUUGGAGAUGCAAAUAAAGAUCUUUGUCAACAAAGGCGGGAUGAGUGAGGUGCUGACUGGUGACAUUUUCUUACUUUAAAUGAAAAAUAUUCCUUUCAUUAUACACACUGCCUCCCUCUCUGCAGWAUCCUGCACUUAUAUACUUUGGAACUUUUUGCUAUAAUCACUUUCCGAGCAUAAAUGGCUGUUUUGUACUUUUUUGCUUUGCAACAAAUUAAACGAAACGCUUGUUAAUCCCCCAA